CCUCGGCGCAGCGGUGACGCUCUUACCCGACUUACCCGCCGGACCCGAUUCAUUCUCUCGCCGUUCGCCGUACACUUUACACUCGCGACGCUCCGUUACGCGCUCGUCGUCCAUUUUUUUGUUUCUGUACGUUUUUGUGACUGUGUGUGUGUGUGUGUGCCGCUUUCGACGCGACUUAAUCAUCGCUGUUUACGACGUCGUCGACCAACGGUACCCGGUGUGAUUUUUUGAUAAUAGUUUAUUUAUUUGAAAAAAUAAUUUUUUUCGUCUCGCGUCCGCUGUGCGCCGACGUCAGCCCGUUUCAAGUUAGAACUCAAGUGAACUUUACCUCCGUCUGAACAGCAGCAGAGCUGCAGUGUGACGGAUUAAAGUGCGCCCAACCUGCGAGCCAAAUCGGUGACGGACGAGAAGGAGUAAACUUGAGCUAAGCGUCUAUCAGGAAGACCAUUAUAACCGUCGUCCGACGUUAAAACUUUUACGGUACGUUCGUGUGCAUUCGUUUGAUUUAAACCCGUCGAUCACCAUGACCGUUACGUAUGGCGUGACGGGAACGACCACCGACGGAGGAGGAGCCGUUAACAACGGCAGGAGAGUGCUUAUGGCCAAAACCGAUUCCCUGAGCAACGUCAACAACAACAACAACAACAGCACCAGCGUCAACAACAACAACAACGGAUCUACGUCGAUCACGGGCAAAGCGUCCGUGUUGAGCGUAAGGCGCGUGCUGUUCGGUCCGCCGGCCGAUCCCGCAGAGACCCGGGCGUGGCUGGACAGACAAUUGUACGCGGCCACCGCGGCCGAUUCGCGAUCGUGGAACUUUGAUUUCGUCAACGAACGCCCGCUGCGCGACAGCCCGGCCGACCGUUACGCGUGGGAACGCGUCUGUCCGCCGAAGCGUCGCGACGAGGUGGCCGCAACGGACUCUACGACCACUGCGACAGCACAACAACAAAGCCGAAUGGCUGGCAAGCAGCAGCGACAAUCUAAAGUCACAGAUUUCAUGAGCAAAACCAAGAAACGACCGUUGAGUGUUGCCGACAGGACACUGCGCUCUAACAACAAAGUCUUGGACGAAUCCGAGUCGGCAAACAAGAGGAGUCGCCGAUCCGUCACGACGACGACGACGACGACGAUGAUGGCUAUCUAAAUCGAAAUAGGGAAUUAAUGGCAGCACAGCUGAGUAAAUAUAUGAAAACAAAAAUUGAUAUAAGAAUUAAAAAAAGAAAAAAAAAUAAAAUUUGAUUACCCAAAAGUUUUUCACAUUUUCGACGCAAAAUUUCGAGAUCUCCCAAGUAUAGAUAGUCUAUAAUAACUAUAAUAUAAUAAUGAUAAUUUAUAUUUAUAUAUAAUCUUCUUCUCCAGGAUUCUUCCUGAUAUCGCGCGUUCUUAUAUGACAUUAUUUUAUGUGUAUAUUUUUUUUUUUUUAACAAACCCCAUCGUUAUUGUACAGAUGUUUUUAAAUUUUAAAAAUUUUAAAAAUUAUGUAUUUUUUUUUUUAAACAAUUAAUAUUUAUACUGUUUUGUUUUUUGAUCUCCUUCACGAAUAUUGUUCGGUUUUUAUCCACCGCCUAUGCGCAGACCAAUUUUGUUGUUUUAUUUGUCUACGUUAUAAUACAAAUUUAAUGAAAAACUUAUCUAUUAGAUGAAAGUUUUAAAAAAAAAACUUUUAUCCACAAUAAUAUAAUUAUAAUACUACGUUAAGCAUAUUAUAGCUUAAUGUCUGUACGUUUAGUAUUAGCUCUAGAUUUUAAUGUUAACGUGCAAUUAUACAUUUAGCUUUUUAAUUUUAGCUUGUUGAAAAAA